CAGUCUAACUGAGGGGACCGCACCAGUCCCACACGACACUCCGUUUCUUGCAGCAGUCAUGGGAGUGACUUAGAGCGGCUAGGGACACACGCACAGGCUCACUGGUACGACUGACGGGUGUGGCGGGCUGGUGGUGUGGUGCGUGUACUGCACCUGGGAACCCUUCACCCGCCCUGAGCAAUGCCUCGGAAAUCUGCAAGUUUUACCUCUGACCAGAAAGUAGAAGUGUUGAUGUGUAGGGAGUGCCGAAGACCACCUCAGUGAAGCGUUAGAUUAAGAUUAUUUUAGUCACUGGUGCAGUCUGGUUAGAGUUUAUUAUUGUUACUUUUUGGGUUUGGAAUUCCCCGCUCAAGACUAUCAACCACCUACCUGUAGAACUCAGGAUGCUACAAACUUUUGCACACUGAUCCUCGCUAACGCUGCCACCACCUGUACAAAUUACUCCAGGUGAGGACGAGUGAGGGUCUUCAGAAACCAAGUGGUGUUCAGUUCCUUUCCCUUCAUCACACAAGAGAGAAGGAAUCGGCUGGCAGACAGUCUCCGCCCUGCGUGAGGUCUCAGUGAUUUCCUUGACGUCCAUGGAGGAUUCACGUAACUUUGGGUGCUGGUGUGACCCUGCGUGGUGGUAAACUGCUGACCAACUUGUGGUGCAGCUCUUGUCGAAACGCUGCCUAAGACGAGAACUAGGUCUGGCUAGCAGGCUACCAAGGUACUUCAGUUCCUCUCGUCGCCUCAAUGAUUCCAUCCUUCCUGAACAAGUUUUUUGCUGAGGGCAUUUACAACGAACCCAAGGAUUCGUUUCAAGAGUGUACAAAUAUCACCAACGACACCACCCACCACAAGCAGCACUACCAUUUUUAAACAAGCAAGCAGGAUUCACUGUAUCCUUAAUACACUGCAAGAGCAGCCUAGUAUUUUCAAAGUUUAUGAGAACUUUUAAUACUCAGUAGUAUAGUUAUUAACCCACAUCUCCUUGAAUGUAACUCGCCUCAUUUGGUACCUGAUGGUCAAAGGACUAGGUGCUGAUGUAUUAAAGAAGAAGAAGAAAAAUAGUUCAAGAUUGUACUCUAGAAAACAAGUCAAGUGAGACUGUAGUCCUUUAAUACAACUCCUCAGUCUGGGUCUCGCACCAGUCCACAAACAUUACACCAGUCACUACAAACAGAUGACCAGUCAAAAAACUAUGUAGUUUCAUCCAGUUUACCAUAAAGUAUUUUACCAAUUUACCGCGAACUAUCCCACAGUCUCCCGUUGACUAACCAUCAAAGCUGCCACAAAGUAUCAAAAAGUCAACCACAGAAUCUCCAAACAAACAAAAACAACCAUUAGUUACGUAAACUCUCCAGACCUGAGUCUCACAAGUGCGUGUACUACAAGUAAACCUCUCGAGCCAAGACAGAGUCACCGAGGUCGACAUUAAAGCGACUCUGUAUUGUACAAGAAAUAGUUGUGACGUUGAAUGUGUGGUGACUGCUGCUAGGGGGAGCUCGAUGGCGCAGUUGUGGGUGUUAAGUCUUGCAGGUCUAGCCAUCCUGUGUCACCUCCCACCCUGGACACGGGCCCACCAGUUCCUCAGAGGAUCGGGUCCUCGGUUGGGUCUCGGGUACGAAGUAUUGCCCCCGACAGAAACGUUCACGGUGUUGGGGCGGAGCUGAGUCUCCCCUGUCAGCCACUCAAAACAGAGUCGGGCGUCCCUAACGUCACCUGGACCAAUGACGGCCACGUUGUCAAUGAACAUCGUCGCUACGUCUUGCCCAAUGGAACGUUACUAAUUACUGAGGUAACGAAGGGUGACGCGGGACAGUAUCGCUGUGUCUUGCGCAAUGGUUCUAACGCCGUCAUCUCCGCUCUUCUCAACCUCAUCCUUGCAGACACGGGAACAUGGCAGUUACGGCCCUACAAUACUACUGUUAGACUGGGAAGCGCCGUCCGGCUCACCUGUCGCCUCUCUUCUAUCCCUGCCGCCACCCUCACCUGGCUCAAGGACAACGAACCCCUCCUUCAGGGCAACACCAGGUACUACCAGCCGACACCUGGAGUGCUUCAGAUCACCAACAUAACCUUAAUGGACGCUGGGGUAUACAGGUGCACGGCAGUCAACUCAGUCCUCGACAAGACGUUUAUAAGCCCGGGCGGGUACCUGACGGUAGAAGUUCCGAGCCCAGAUGAUGACACUCAGGACCAGCCGCUGAGACCAACUCUCCUGGCGGUGCCAUCUAAGGUUGAGGCGAAAGUGGGGCAUCGCGCGGUGCUCGAGUGCAUCACCGAUGUUAUCUACACCCCACGGUUCCUCUGGUCCAGGUUAGACGAACGCUCCAUCCGCACUGAUGGUGUGGUUAUAAGGGGGCAAGGCUCCUUAGUGUUCCAGAAGGUGCAGGAGCAGGAUGCCACAGUGUACAACUGUUCCGUCGUCACUAAACACCACAAGGAAUCCGUCACCCAGAUGAUCGAGCUCUCUGUGUUGAAGGCCCCCCAGACACGGAUGAACGUGACUGCCAGAAACAGUAAGGUGCCAGUCUUCACGUCCGUGGGAAAUGGGGAGUCUAUAGUGCGCAUCAACUGCGCCGCCGAGGGUCUGCCUAUCCCGGAGAUACACUGGUUUAAGGAUGGUCUUCCCAUCCCUUUGUCCGGCAGACACCACCGUGGCACUCUUACUAAAGAGAAGAACUUCACUGAAGAGCAGCUGGCCAUUGCUAACAUCAUGUCCAAGGACAGAGGCAUCUACCAGUGUGUGGCGAAGAACCGUGUGGGCGUGGCCUCCGAGGGCUUCCUGCUCAAUGUGGACAUCCCUUCCAACAUGCCUCAGCCACCUGUCAACAUCAUGGUGAGGGAGACCUCACAUAAAGAAAUCUUAGUGGCUUGGAGCCCUCCCCCAUCAGUAGGCGAGACAGAAGACGUCGUGGGUUACAUUGUUCAUUAUUUUGAAGUUGGCUCCAUGGGGAAGGAAAAGCAGUACCUGACGAACAACACCUUCUUCAGGUUAGAGAAGCUUCGCGCCUACACCAACUAUUCCAUCUACAUCAGGACCUUUGUCAUAUUCCAGGAUCAGGGCGACCCCGUCAUCGGCGAGCCUUCGGGGCCGCUCAUCUGGAGAACCCACGCUUACUACCCACUCCGGCUGCCUCAAGUAACACUUAAAGCACUCUCUCCAAACACCCUUCUUGUGACGUGGAAGCAGCUGAAGCUUGAGGAGGCGAGAGGUCCCAUCACAAAGCAAGUAGUACAGUGGCGGAGAAAGGACAACCAUUACUAUCAAUCUAAAGAUGUCGUCCCUACUGCCACCGAGUGUGAGAUAAUCGAACUGAUGCCGAACAAGCGGUACGAGGCUCGGGUGCUGGUGGGUACGGAGGCUGGCUAUCCUCCACACAAUGAGCGCCGUCCUUGGGGACUCAUAAGGAUGCCCAAGGUGGAUCUUAACCCCGGCCUUCAGGACAUGCGUAUCGCGGUGCAUCUUUCAGUCUUUAACAACAAACCCACAGAAAUCUUGGUGGAGUGGGAGCUGAACGCUAACCUGCUGCCGGAUGUGUUUCUGUACGAGGUGACCUACAACAACACACCAGAAGAGAGUCAUCUCAAGCACACGGAGGCAUCAGCCACCUCUCUUGUCCUUAGUCAGCUGGAGCCCGAGACCUGCUACACGGUGAAGGUUGAACCGCAGUUUAACAACCAGGAGGAGAGAGAAGGCGUGAUGAGCAUGAGCCGCACCAUCUGUACCCUGCAAGUGCCUCCUGAUGUACCUUCACCACGCAAAUACACCGACAAGAUAGGCACCCGAAAAGUCAAGGUAAAGGUUCUAAACACUACCAGUAUCUUGUUAACGUGGCGUCCGAAACGUAAGAGAAUGACACCAGAUUUCUUUACCAUUGAAGUAACAAGUCUUGGGAAGCAGAUGAGUGCUAAAGCCAUACCCUUCCUCAGCCAUACCCCUGAUGUCCUUGAUGGAGAUGACCAGGGUGCCAAUGAGCAGCAUUUUGAUGGUCAAGGCAGUAGUGGCCUAGAUAUCAAAGUACAAGAUAUCAGGAAUGAGAGCGAGAGAAGUUUUCACCACGAUGGACUCGUCGAUAACCACCAGGAUUUCCAUCCUCAGGAACUUGAGGAUAUGUCAGGAGAGGGAGCAAGGAAUGAGAGAGAGAAGGGUAGUGUGCAGUACAUGAGAGUGACACGAAGGAGGGUGGUGCUCACCAACCUUUUGCCACUCCAUGGCUACAUGAUUGUCAUCACCGCCUCCACUCCCACCCUCACUGGGACCCCCUCACGCCCUCACCACGCCACCACCCUUGAAGGAGUGCCCAGUGGACCAGUGAAUGUGUCAUGGAGCGCAGUCAGCCCUAAGGAUGCCGUACUCACCUGGAGUCGCCCUCAUCACAUCAACGGCCAGCUCCUUUCCUACCUGGUCACCUACUCUCAUGACCAGCUUGAGUGGAAAAACCAGACUGUCGAACAUCACCACACUACCACAGAGAUCCAGGACCUGGUCUCCAACACCAACUAUACCCUCCGGGUGGCAGGUGUAACGGGAGCGGGUUUGGGCGCCUACACCACUGUCUACGUGUAUAUCAGAGCCACGCUGGUGGGCUCACCCCACAUCUCCACAGAAUUCAUAGUAAUCAGCGGGGUGUCCCUUCUGGCGGCAAUGACGUGUGUAGUGGUGGUAGUGCUGUGCCUCAGGAUGGUCCGCCUCAGACAGACUUCUGCUGCUGCUACCUUCCAGGGUAAUGGGACUUGUCGCAUGGUAUACGCCAAUGGGGUGAAGGCCCUAGGCAGGGAUCAUGGCACGGAAGUAAAUAAUUACAAGCCCAUGUUAGCCUCCCUGCCGCCUGCCACCCAAAACCACCACCUUGACACUAAGGGAGGUCCAGGGUCACGUGAUGAUGGCGUUGUGACUAAUUGCCUUCUUGAUGCUAAUCUUGUUCGGAUAAACGAGGCUGAUGUGCCAAAUGAAAAUGUGGAGCCCCUGCGUGAUCACGUUACGCCUAAAAACGUAGAGGACAGCUUAGAUGACAUAGAUGAUGACGAUGAUGCUUCCAGCAGAUUACUGCAGAACGUCUCCACAGCAGAACCUGUAUUUUCUAGUUUAAAGGACCUCGAUCCAAAAUCCAUAUGUGAAUCCACUCAGGUUGAUCCUAACUCCCCAAAAGACGGUGCAGGGGCAGCACCGGCCAUUGUAUCCUAAAACUUGCACUAGCCUUAAUUCACGGGUGAAGGCACGGGUUUAGAGAGUAGUUUGGGCCUAAAUGCCCUUCCAUAAGAGGAAAAAUGCUGGUUUUACAUCUUAUGAUACAUCUUUUAGUGUGUCAUAGCAAGGCCUAACUGAAGCCAGUCAGGUGAGAGUGUAGGUACGGGUUCUGAGGGUAAUUUGGGCCCCACCACCCUACCACAGGUAUGAACAUUCACUGGCCAGGUGCCAGAAGGAAAGUGCACGUGUAGUUUAAGCCUAGAAAUACUGUUACAAUAAGGAUAUAAUACCACUGACACAUCACAGAUGGAGAUGCAGAUUUUGAAUUUGACUUGUCCCCCUCUUUGAUAACUCAUAAAUCUACCAGGUAUUUGAUUACCAAGAUUAAUUUUAAUGUUUACAAUGCAUACAUAAAGCUACAUUGUAUAAAGGUAAAUAUCAGUGUAUCAGAGCUGUUAUUUAUGACCUGCAGUUUAACAUGGUUAGCUUGGGCAUUCCCUGGCUUUAUUUUCCUAUGUUUACAACAAGUUUCAACAGGGUUUUCUUUUAUCACAGUAAAUUCCAAUAGUUACAAAAAGACGGGGACUUGGUUCUUCAUUCAAUAUCUUUGGGUUGUAUUUAGCUUCAUCACCUCAAGUAGAUAAGUUUUACAUUUAUACUUAAAGAUAAUUUUUACAAGUAAUGUUGAUUACUGAGGAGUUUAAGGGUCACUGCUGAACAAAAUCACUUGUUAUUAGUUUAAGAUUAUGGCUGCAUAAUAAGGCUCUACCACUAUCAUGUAUAAAAGUAUUGGAUAUAUGAUCUUUGAUUUAAUUUACCAUAAUUUGCUGCUUCAGUACCGAAAAAAGAGUUUUGUUGAACUUUGAUGCUAUGUGUUUUACAGUACGGUAUACUGUUUAUGAGUUAUGUGCCUUGUACCCACUAGAUAUCUGCCAUCAUGUGCACAGAUAUGUGUGUCUCACUUUUUCUGAAAUUUAUAACUUGUUUUCACUAAAAGAAAAUUAAAAACCAGCAAACUAGGAAACCCAAACGAUCUUUUUAUAUUACUUUUUGUAUUUAUGUAUUUGCAUAGUUUUCAUGUGUGUUAAUUAACAAAGAAAUUCAAGUAUUACUGAGGCCUGCUGUUAUCAAUAUCUGAUCUGUCAGUGAUGUAUAUUCAAUUUUUAGUAAUAAAUAGAAAAAAGCGAUGUUUGGGAACAUCGCUUCCUCGAGGCGGUAUGCCAAGAAGCUGAUGCAUGUUGAAAUAAGCCAACUUAUCACCGAGUGUAUGCUCGUAGACAUAAAUAUUUUUAGAGUACAGUAUUGUAAAACUCUUUCAAGUUAGGUACUGAACAGCGUUAUGUUGUCAUAACUUGUGUCGUUGUUAUACUGUACAGUACUUCCAAAAGUGUUUAAAAAUAUAUUAAAGAGACUCAUAUUGAUGUACAGCACAAAAAUAGAAUAGACGAUAUUUUGCUAUCAUAAGUUUCUGCAUAAUAAUUUGUGUAAGAUAUUAUAUUUCCCCAAAAAUUUGGAACUUCUCCCUGUUUUGACCCUUAAGCAGAUCAUUUUCUGUAUUAUUUGAUACAGUACAGUACUUCUUUUUAGGCUUAAGUUUCCUGUAAAUUAUUGAACAGUAAAAAUUUGUAAUGAAUCGUAAAAUUUUGUCAAGUAGUAUGAAUCUGUUCAGUGUUAAUGGAGCGACUCAUCCCUCAGCAGUCAUUACACUGUAGACUUUAAAUAGAAAUAUUGGUAAUGACAGGGCAUAAAAUCAAGGACUUUUCAGGGUGAAAUGAGAGAACUGUUUAUAUAUAUAUAUAUAUAUAUAUAUAUAUAUAUAUAUAUAUAUAUAUAUAUAUAUAUAUAUAUAUAUAUAUAUAUAUAUAUAUAUAUAUAUAUAUAUAUAUAUAUAUAUAUAUAUAUAUAGAAUCUUGUUAACAUGUAGCCUCCUAGUGUAUAAAGGUGACUCAGGAAUGCCAUGUCAUUUAAAAUGCAUUUGAGGUGAUAUGUUUGUUUACAUUUUGUCUGAUAAAAUAAAUUUGAAUAAUGGUUAAGAUUACAUUAGUCUCACACGCUGUUGAGGCGUUGGGGGCCAGGGAAGGGCGCAUCUCCCACCCACAGCUGCAAAUUGUCAGCUUCACACAAGGUAAAUUAUCACAUUACACCAAAUACAAGUGAUAACUUAAGACGUGCCCCUAGCUGAGUGACACCACCGAUGAUAACA